UCGGAGCCGGCCGCCGCUGCGCUCCGCUUCGCUGUGGGGCUCGGUGUGUCGGGGGUGGGGGGGCGGGGGGGCUCCGCUAUGGAGGCAAAUGGGAGCCCAGGCACCUCGGGCAGCGCCAACGACUCCCAGCACGACCCCGGUAAAAUGUUUAUCGGUGGACUGAGCUGGCAGACCUCACCAGAUAGCCUUAGAGACUAUUUUAGCAAAUUUGGAGAAAUUAGAGAAUGUAUGGUCAUGAGAGAUCCCACAACGAAACGCUCCAGAGGCUUCGGUUUCGUCACCUUCGCAGACCCAGCAAGUGUAGAUAAAGUGUUAGGUCAGCCCCACCAUGAGUUAGAUUCCAAGACGAUUGACCCCAAAGUUGCAUUUCCUCGUCGAGCGCAGCCCAAGAUGGUCACAAGAACAAAGAAGAUAUUCGUAGGAGGGUUGUCUGCGAACACAGUAGUGGAAGAUGUCAAGCAAUAUUUCGAGCAGUUUGGCAAGGUAGAGGAUGCGAUGCUGAUGUUCGACAAAACCACCAACAGGCACAGAGGGUUUGGCUUUGUCACUUUUGAGAAUGAAGACGUUGUGGAGAAAGUCUGUGAGAUUCAUUUCCAUGAAAUCAAUAAUAAAAUGGUAGAAUGUAAGAAAGCUCAGCCGAAAGAAGUCAUGUUCCCACCUGGGACAAGAGGCCGGGCCCGGGGGCUGCCAUACACCAUGGAUGCGUUCAUGCUUGGCAUGGGGAUGUUGGGCUACCCCAACUUUGUGGCAACCUAUGGCAGAGGCUAUCCCGGAUUUGCUCCUAGCUAUGGCUACCAGUUCCCAGGCUUCCCAGCAGCGGCUUAUGGACCAGUGGCGGCGGCAGCUGUGGCAGCGGCUCGAGGAUCAGUCCUGAAUAGCUACAGUGCUCAACCGAAUUUUGGCGCGCCCGCUUCCCCGGCAGGCUCCAACCCGGCGCGGCCCGGAGGCUUCCCGGGGGCCAACAGCCCAGGACCUGUCGCCGAUCUCUACGGCCCUGCCAGCCAGGACUCCGGAGUGGGGAAUUACAUAAGUGCAGCCAGCCCACAGCCGGGCUCAGGCUUCGGCCACGGCAUAGCUGGACCUUUGAUUGCAACGGCCUUUACAAAUGGAUACCACUGAGCAGGUGCUUCCAUUACCAUCUCACUAUGAGAGCAUACCUGGAUGUCCAGGCAAGACUGGGCGAAGUUUCUGAGUGGCCCUUUGUUUAGGUGACGUCCUCAGACCUGGAUCCCCCACCAGCCUCACUCCUCAUCCCAACCAGAGGUGGCACACUUGGAUUAAGGGUUGACACAUCUCAUCUCACCCAUCUACUAUCUGCUGUAAUAUAAGACAACAGCUUUUAAACGUGUAUAUAACCCAUGAUUUUGGUUUGGUUCUGUUUGUUUUCCUUGGUGGUCCCCCUCCCCCUCUCCCUUCUCCUUUUAAAUCUCCCUCGAUCACAUUUGGUAGUGAUUUUUGACUUAGUCUGGUAGUCACCUAGCUUAAUAUCUAGUUAAAAGCUAACCAUAGUAUACUUGUUAUAUAUUAAGGAGUUUUUUCUUUCUUUUUUUUUUCUUUUUUUCCUUUAAGAGAAUUUUUGUUUUGUUUUUGAUUCUGUUCUCACUUUUAAAGGAUGCUGAGAUGGUGAUGUUACUCUCCAUUUUUGGUACCAAUUCUGAGACUGUAAGACUUUUCACCCGGGACUUUAGCACUGAAUCGAAAUUGUGAUACGCGGAGCGGGGGGUGGGCAUAGACUCUAUUUUGUGUUGUAGAAGUGACAUACAGUUGGCUGCUUACCAGACUCUCUAGCAGUUCAUUUUGUGACGUCUCUUUGUUAACCUAAGUAUAUCUAUUUUCGGCAAUAAGGUAAGGACGGCCAUGUUUUGAGGGUCCUCCUUUUCUAUGAGUGCUUUCUCUUUUUUUCUGUUCAAAGAGGUCAUAUUAUAAGGUUUUUUGAAAUUGUGAAUUCUAAAAAACAAAAAACAAACAAAAAAAAGUUGUAAAUAUGAUUCCAUUAACUACAUAGAAACUAUUAAGGAAGAGAGAAUCAAAAAUAUUUUUGUGAGGGAGUUGCUCCCAGGCAGUUAGGUACCCUGGAAGGAGGGAGGGAGCCUUGAUGAAGCCGGUACCACAACACAAGAGGACCCAGCUGCCAGGGCAGCCCGGAACCCCACUCUCCGCUGUUGGUGUGGUAGACCUAAGAGCUGUGUUAGCACCCCGCCAGCCUACCAGCCUCUCUGUGCCCAGCUUCAAAUGGUAUGGUCUAGCUAGAUUUUUAUUUAAAAUAUGAAAAACUGCUUUUCCCAAGAUGUUUUUUAAAAGGAAAACAAAAGCUACAAUUUUAAUAUUUGACAUAUUUCGAGUUUCAAAGCACACCUGUUUUGGCUUAGGGGAGGGGCAGGGUGGGGACAUUCUUUUUCAGUCUUAAUUUUUAAAUAUCUGAUCAUUUUAUAUUGUCCGAUCAUUUCAGCACCUCCAAAGGGUCCUAGGAUACCCUGCCUCUCCCUUCACCCUGCUCCCCAUCUUCCCCCCAGAGAGGGGGCCUGUGGGCCAGGUGUGGACAAGCCUGCAUGAAUACACCCUUUCUCCAUUCACUUUCUAUUUACAAAUUAGGAAAGCAACCUUUCAGUUUAUAUAUAUAUAUUUUUUUUUCCUUUUUGAUACCUCAGUGCUGCAAGUAUCAUCAGAGAGGCUAUGGAAGAGUUUUGUGUUUUUUUUUAAUUUAUUGUAGAUGUAAACAGAAUUUUAAAAAAAUAAAAUAUAAGCAUCUCUGCACUGUGACUGGUGGGAAAAACUGACAGCUUCCUGUUUGCACAAGUUUGACAUUUGGCUGUUAUAAUAUAUGGUCCUCAGUUGGGGAAAGACACUUAGGAUGAAGGAUGUUUUUUAAUUUAACUUUUUUUUUUUAAAGAAAAAAUAUCGGUAAUAGGUCGGCAACAGCAACCGUAGGAAGGUAGCAUUAAAGCAUACUGUAGUGUGGAUAUAUAUUUUUUUCUUUUUUAAAAUGUGAUAUUGACAUUUUAUUAAUAUUUUUUAAAUUGUUACGUUUAUAAAUUUGGUACUUAAGGCACAGCCAGUAUGAGACACUGAAUGCGACAUUUAUUACAAUGAGCUGCUGCACUCCUAUUUUUAUAAACUUUACUGACAAGUAGACUAAUGUAGACAUUCACAGACACGAUAGCACAGAAGCAUCUUCAAACGAAAAGUCUUCGGAAAGCUGAUUCAGAAAGGACGGGAAGAAGCCUGCUCCCGUUCUGGUUAAAUGCAACUUUAUUUCAUUUAAUUAUUUUAUUUUUUAAGAAACAAAAUCAUGUUCUUUUUUUUUUUUUUUCUAAAUAAAAUUGCUGGGUUGUUUGGUAA